AUGACAACAAUGAGCGAAGAUCAUCAACAAUCAUUUGCAUAUAAUAAUCGUCAAUCAUGUCCAUGGCGUUUAAUAAGCAAUGGUUUAAAUAUCGAGGGUCUUUGUGAAAAUUCUCAUUGUCCAGCUUAUAAACAAAUGGUGAUUAUUAAUUUAGGCUUUGGUGAAUUUGAUUUUGCACGCAUUAUUCUUGAACGAAAAAAUCGAUGUCCAAUAUGUAAAACAAAAAUUAUUCCAUUUAAAUAUGCAUUAAAUAAUUGUCGAUGGUGGUAUGUUAAUCAUUAUAGUACAUGUACUUUUCCUUUACAUAUAGUUAAAGAUACAUAUGCGUUACAUAAUUUGAAUUGUGAAUAUAAAAUUAUGGAAACUAUGCCACUUCCAAAAAAUUAUCGAAUUUAUAAAGAAUCACAAGUAAUAGAAUGUCCAAUUUGUUUAAUGAAUAUUGAAGAUGAUAAUGAAAGAAUUUAUCUUCCUUGUUCACAUACUUUUCAUCGCAGAUGUAUAUAUGAAUGGUUAAAAUCAAAUGAAUUUAUGGCACAUACAUGUCCUAUAUGUAGAGAACAUAUUGUUGAAAUAUAUUAA